UUUUCUUUUUUUUUUUUUUUGCUAAUUAUUCAACAAUCAUGGAUUCCGAUUGGUGCCUCUUCUGCGAAAAACAUGUCAUGGAUCUCGGCGCUGUAUACUGCUCCAAAGAAUGUUCACGAAUGGACAAACUCAUGUCAGUUGCCAACAAGCCUUCGAUUCAGCCUUCGAUCUCUUCGUUGUCGUCCUCAUCGUUGUCCUUCAAACGCUUUGCUCAAUCAUCAAUGACUGUUACUUAUCCCUCCAUGUAUCGGUCCUCGACAUUGGUGCCCACCUCUAUGUCGAGCCGUGGUGGCAUCAGCAAGACUGGAUACACACCUGUCCCUGCCCCAGCAGUAGCAACUACUGCCAACCGUUGCCUACCUCAUAAUCGCAGUGGUCGUCGUCAACCCUUGGCUCUUCACGAUCUAUAAUGGCUUCAGCAAUUGCUGUAAGCUUUUUCAUGUCCUUUUGCCUUCCUCACUCCCAAUCUUAUGAUGUUAUAAAAAAAAGAAGAAAAAUUAAGAAAAAACGUGUACACCCUCGAUCUGCCAGAAUAAGCUUUCUUUGUUCUUUUAUGAGCCAUCGUGAAUCGUACACUGCCUUUCUCCCCCUUUGAAAGGAGCCUUGCCGAACCCACCCAAGCUAUGGUCGUACCGAUCCAGUUAUUCUGGACGCCGGCCACUUGUCGUCAAGUAAAACAUUUCCCCUCUACUCUUUCGUCCGCCUUACUUUUUAAAUAAGAAAUAAAGAUAAAGGAUUUUUUAUUUAUAAA